AUGGUGACCAUGAAGCUGGGUUCCAAGCCAGAUAUCUUCGUCCUCGAAGGCCUCACAUGGAGAUGCAUGACCGAGCUCGAGAGCGAUGUCGUCGUGGAAGUAGGAGACAUGUCCUUUUAUCUCCACAAGUUCCCGCUGUUGAGCCGGAGCGGCGUGCUGCAGCGUCUGAUCAGCGAGUACCAGCCGCCGUCGGACGGCGGCGGCAUGUGCACGCUGCAGCUGGACGACAUCCCGGGCGGCGCCAAGGCCUUCGAGCUGGCGGCGCGCUUCUGCUACGACGUCAAGAUCGAGCUCAACGCGCUCAACGUGGUGUGCCUCCGGUGCGCCGCCGAGUACCUGGGCAUGACGGACGACUACGCGGAGGGCAACCUGAUCGCGCAGGCCGAGUCGUUCCUCGCCGACGUGCUCGCCAACUGGAAGGACUCCGUCAGGGCGCUGGAGACCUGCGAGGGCGUGCUCCCGGCCGCCGAGGACCUCCAAAUCGUCCCCCGCUGCAUCACCGCGCUCGCCUCCAAGGCCUGCGCCUCCGACGCCGCCGCCUGGUCCACCCACGGCGCCAAGGGCGCCAGCCUCGACAGGGACGCGCUCUGGAACGGCAUCGGCUCGGGCGACACGCCGCGCGGCGCGGCGGCAGCGGCCGCGGCCUCGGCCAUGGACUGGUGGUACGAGGACGUGUCGCUCCUGAGCCUGCCCAUGUUCAAGCGGCUGAUCCAGGCCAUGGAGGCCAAGAGCAUGCGCGCCGAGAGCAUCGCUGGCGCCAUCAUGUUCUACGCGGGGCGGCUCCUCCCGGGCCUGAACCGCAGCGCCAGCUUCAGCAACGCCAGCUUCGGCGGCGACUACGGCGGGAUCACCGGCAGCCGUAGCGCCACCCCGCGCUCCGCCACCGCCAGCCUCUCCGGGACGUCCGACGGCGACCAGAGGUACUUCCUGGAGGAGAUCAUUGCGCUGCUGCCGACCAAGAAGGGCGUCACCUCCACCAAGUUCCUGCUGGGGCUGCUCCGCACGGCCAUGCUCCUCCACGCCAGCCCGCUGUGCCGGGAGAACCUGGAGCGGCGCAUCGGCGCGCAGCUGGAGGACGCCAGCCUCGAGGACCUGCUGGUGCCCAACCUCGGCUACACCGUGGACACGCUGUACGACAUCGACUGCGUGCAGAGGAUACUGGACUACUUCAUGUCGUCCAUGGACGGGCUGGGGACCGGGUACACGUCGCCGGCGCUGGCAGAGGACGGGAGCCAGCUGGGGCUGCCCCACGCCGCGACGCCGCCCGCCGUGGCUCCGAUCGCCAUGGUGGCCAAGCUCAUGGACAGGUACCUCGCGGAGGUAGCGCCGGACACCAACCUGAAGCUGGCCAAGUUCCAGGCGCUCGCCGCCGUGGUGCCCGACUACGCGCGGACCGUCGACGACGGCAUCUACCGCGCCAUGGACAUAUACCUCAAGUCGCACCAUUGGCUGUCGGAGUCGGAGCGGGAGCAGCUGUGCCGGCUGAUGAACUGCCAGAAGCUGUCGCUGGAGGCGUGCACGCACGCGGCGCAGAACGAGCGGCUGCCGCUGCGGGUGGUGGUGCAGGUGCUCUUCUUCGAGCAGCUCCGCCUCCGCACCUCCAUCGCCGGGUGGUUCUUCGUGUCGGACAACGCCGCCACGGCCACCGACGGCGCGCACCUGCACCACCCCGGCAACGCCGGCGCCAUCGUCCCCAAGGGCAGUGCCGUCGUGGACAGCGGCGCGGCCGGGCAGGACGAGGAGGUGGUGAUGGUGACGCCCGAGGGGAAGGGAAGCGAGACCAUGAGCAACGUGAAGGCGCGGGUGUCGGAGCUGGAGAAGGAGUGCGUGAGCAUGAAGCAGGAGAUCCGGCGGCUCGGGAAGCCCAGGAGGUCGUGGAGCAUCCUCACCAGGAAGUGCGGCUUCGGAGCCAAGGUGCAGCAGGCGCAGCCUGCCAUGAGCGGCAAGUAG